AUGUCUGACACCGAAAAAGAUUUAGAAGUCGAAGAAUAUCAAGCACAAGGAUCCGGUGCCUCCCUCACCUAUCCAAUGCAAUGUUCCGCCUUGAGAAAGAACGGUCACGUCGUCCUCAACGGUCGUCCAUGCAAGAUUGUCGAUAUGUCUACCUCCAAGACUGGUAAGCACGGUCACGCCAAAGUCAACUUGACUGGUAUCGAUAUCUUCACCGGAAAGAAAUACGAAGAUAUCUGUCCAUCAACUCACAACAUGGAUGUCCCAAAUGUCUCCCGUGCUGAAUACUCACUCAUUGAUAUCUCUGACGGUUACUUGACUCUCUUCAAGGAAGACACUGGUGUCACCAAGGAAGAUCUCCCAGUUCCAGAAGGUGAUAUUGGUGAACAAAUCACUGCUGCUUUCGCCGCCGGUAAGGAUGUCCUCGUCUCAGUCAUCUCUGCCAUGGGUAUCGAAGGUGUCACCUCAUUCAAAUAA